AUGUCUCACCUCCUCUGUGCCUUACUGUCCCUGCUUUCCUUUGCUGCCAUACUGGGAAGUGCCCAGUGGAAACUGCAGGAAAAUGUGUUUGUCGUAGAUUCCCAGUGGGACGCCGAGGCCGCGGCCACCACGGUGGAGCUCAGCUGUGCCAGCUCUGAGGAGGCAGUGUACUGGAGGAAGGACUCGGAGGGCAAGCAGAAAGGGAAGACCCUGAGCGUGGCAGUGAAGGAGCUCCCGGACGCCGGCAACUACAGCUGUGUGAGCGAGGAGAGCCACAGCGUGCUCAGCUCCAGCCUCCUCCUCAUCGCCAGGAUCGGCCCCGACGGCCACCUCCUCAGGGACAUCCUCAAGAGCUUUAAGGAGCCCAACAGGACAUUUCUGAGGUGUGAGGCAAAAAACUACUCUGGAAUUUUCACAUGUUCCUGGAUGACAGAAAAUAAUCCAAAUGUGAAGUUCACCAUCAGAAGCCUGGAAGGCCCCCAGGGAGACGUGUCCUGCAGCAGCCCCGUGGCCCUGAGCGAGGGGGCCCUGACCACCUACACGGCCCAGUGCCACAAGGAGAACUUCUGUCCCUUUGCUGAGGAGCACCAGCCCAUUGACAUCCUCCUGGAGGCCAUUGAUGAGGUGCUAUAUGAGAACUACACUGCCAGCUUCUUCAUCAGGGACAUCAUAAAGCCUGACCCCCCCCAGUGUCAGUACGUGGCCACCAAUGGAACAGUGACCUGGACUUAUCCCAGGACCUGGAGCACCCCAAACUCCUACUUCCCUUUGACUUUCAAGGUCAAAGUUAAAAGCACAAGGAGACGCAGAUACCAGGUGUACGACAGCGAGGAGCAGGCCGUGCAGCUGCCAGCCCCCGGGCCAGCAGAGGUGUGGGUGCAGGCCAGGGACCGCUGCUACCUCAGCUCCUGGAGCCAGUGGUCCUCGCUCUGCGGGGAGCCCAGAAUUGUCCCAGAGCAGCAGCUCCAGCCUCGCCAGGGACACUUUGGGAAUUAUGGACUGAAAUUCAAGUGCAGAGCUGGAAAAUCUUCCUGCAUGAACUGGGCAGGGUUCAGAGAGAGUUUCCACUGCAGAUGCUGCCACACAGCAGGAGGUUUUUACCUUGUGGCCCAGAGGGUGUGGGACUCGGGGCUGCCCUCCUUGCAGGUGGACUGCAGCGAGUACAGGAGGCUGGAGAAGGGGAGGCCCAUUUACUGUGAGAGGCUCUACCAACCCUUCUGCGGCUCCGACGGCAAAACCUACAACAACAAAUGCUCCUUCUGCAAGGCUGUGCUGUGA